CACUGGAGAUAAUUGAUUACCUCCCAAUCAACAAUAACUUGUUAGCAAUAGUCAAUUGCCCCACUAUUUUGGCUUCACCGGGCUCAGAGAAACACCAUUGUCCCUCGGAUUGCUAAACCUUGUGGAGAGCACAUUCUUUUCCACGGAAACGUGAAAAAGUGGGGACUACAGGACUUUUUAAAAAUCCAUCUCUUACCUCGGAAGCGUAAAAAGGACGAUUUGGUUGUUUGCAAUUUCGAGCGUUUUUUUAGACGAGCACUCUGCCAUUUCGGUUUUCACAACUUUUCCUGUGAGCAGUUGAUUAUUUUGGAGUGAAAAAAUAAAAUUAAUAGAAGUUAUUUUCGAAAGCAGCAAGGUUAAAUAAUGACUUCGAAGGAAGAUGCAAAAGGUUCUUCGGUAGAAGAGAGAAGGCGAAGCCCACUGGACCAUCUCCCACCGCCAGCAAAUUCUAACAAGCCUCUCACUCCUUUCAGUAUUGAAGACAUUCUCAACAAACCUUCAGUCAGACGAAGUUAUACAAUUUGCGGAACAGCGCACCUGAUAUCGGCCGCUGAAAAACACCCUCCUCCGGGUCUCCCCUUGUCCAGUCGGGCACUCCUCACCCAGACCUCUCCUCUCUGUGCCCUCGAAGAGCUGGCCAGCAAAACAUUUAAAGGACUGGAAGUGAGUGUCCUUCAGGCGGCCGAAGGGAGGGACGGAAUGACGAUUUUUGGCCAGAGGAACACUCCCAAAAAGCGAAGAAAGUCCAGAACAGCAUUCACCAACCAUCAGAUCUAUGAACUGGAGAAAAGGUUUUUGUAUCAGAAAUAUUUGUCUCCUGCUGACAGAGAUCAAAUCGCCCAGCAACUGGGGCUAACAAAUGCCCAAGUUAUCACCUGGUUUCAAAACCGCAGAGCCAAACUCAAGAGGGAUUUGGAAGAGAUGAAAGCAGACGUAGAAUCAGCCAAAGCGCUUGGUUCAGUACCACUGGAGAAAAUUGCCAAACUGGCAGAUCUAGAGAAAAGCGCCGCUGGGACACUGGGCAAUUCAAGAUCCGAAUCCCCAACGCUAUCCAGUCACGGACACGAGACCCCUAACAAACUCCAAAUGUCCCCCUCAUCCCCGUUUACAGACCACGCUACCAGUCAAGAGUGUUCGGAAGAUGAAGACGUGGAAAUUGAUGUCGAUGACUGAUUUUUUUUCCCGAUUGUUGUUGAGUUUUUAGCCACCGUCAUCUAGAAUUUAAAGUGACUUUUAUAUGAAAAAGAUAUUCAAAGCAAGCAUGAACUACACAUUAUAUGCUGCGCCCGUUAUAAAGUAUAUAGUUAUAGUAACUUUAUUCAUAUUUAACCAAGGCAGUUGUUUUCAAUUAAAGCAAUAAGCAGCACACAUGCAUAAAGGACAACGACAAGGGUCCGACUACUGACAGAUCAGGUAGCGUUGAUUUGUAGGGAAUGGUGCAGUUGUAUGGCUUCUAUCAAUCGAUAUAAAAUUACUAACAAACAAUACACAAUGAACUACAUUUUGGGGGGAAAAGAUUUUAUUUUUUUAAAGCUUGUUUGCUUAACAUAACCUUGGUUAGAAAAGUCAUAGAUUGUGCGUUAUUUUGAUUGGGGAAAAAAAUCGUCGAGCUUUAAUUUAGGCUGAAUUAAAUUUAGCGUUUUGCAUGUUACAGGUAUGCACGUUUCUUUUUAACAUUUUAAUUUCUGUUCUUUUUUAAAUUAUUACCUUCAUAUUUGCAAGAAAAUAUAAAUGUAUUUACGUUUCCUAGGGAUUACACCAGAUCUCCCCCUUAUUUAAUUCUCCUUCAUUCUUAUAUCAAACAUAUUAUUUUCUGUUCUAAUUUACUGCUAUAUAAUUCUUUUAUUACGAAAAAUACGACCUACCUUUCGUAUUUUUUUAUGAAGGUGGUGCAAGAAAAAAUGUUUUUACUUUAUAGACUCUUGCAUGAUCAAUAAAAUAAUUUAAAUCGGUCUAAUCAAAGAUCUGGAUUUCAUAAAAAGAUGUAUAGUAACUUAUUCCCGGAAAAAGACAUCUCAAUUAUAAAUUAAGAAAGUACUGAUAUUUAAAUUACAUAAAUCAUAAACGGUGUUGAUUUACUUCCACUUAGGUAUGUAUAGACUCCUCUGUUUCAAUACAAUAAAGUCAUUAACAUUUUAAUAGACUUCCUAGGUUUUGUAUGAUGCCUAUAAGUGCCUUUUAAAUCAGGACACUACGUAAAACCAUUUUUAUUUUUUGUCUUGGAAUGUGUACAUAAAAAUGGAAAUAAAAAAUCGCAAACCAA